AUGAAACAAGCAGUUGAAUUGGGAAAGAACUCCGAAAUUGCCUCAGUGGCACGAAUCGAGCCGAAAAAUGCUGCGCAUCCUGCGAUUGGAUUUGAGGAGUUUCGUCCACCAGAUCCAACCGAGUUUGGUCCGAAUGCACAGAUAUACACACGCAUUGGCCCACGGGAGUUUCACGUGAUGUCUAGGCGACUUGGUCAUGUGAUCAUUCCCCGACUAAUUGCUCUACGGUAG